AUGUCGGCCCUGCCCUCAGGGGCGACAGGCUUGGCGUUCACCCUGAAGGGCGUGGUCAUACGUGGAGGUGAAGAACUCUUCGUGGAGCGGGUUAUGACCCGCGACCUCGAGACCUGGCGCAAGAAGAGAGGCCUUGACCUUUCGGAUGUCAGACUUCUCGGCGACCACCGUGAUGCUGCUGGGAAGAAGCGACUGGACUUGAAGGAGGCCGUCGCCCUGAUGAAGAAUGUCGAGGACAAGGAGUUCCCAAUCGGCGGGGUCCGGGCGGCCAAGGAGCUCCACGAGGCCGUCGCAGCAAGCGCGGGGGAGUUCCUCAUCUACCAUUCAGAAUGGCUCAGGCUCUCGGGCGUCAACAAGAAGACAAGCGCAGCGCACAUACACCGCUCACUCUGCGAAGCUCUUCGCCUGAUGCACUCCUUUGACCAGGUGGACACUUCGGUCUUAGCGAGCGGGGAGCACAUGGUGCGCUGGCUCAUCCAAGUUGAGCUCGCGGUCGAGCGGAACCCUCACCAGCCUGACUUCUCCGGCUUGGACAUCGUCAGCGGCGCCGCCCAACUUCCAGAUGGAAGGGCCAGCACUUCGAAGUUCUCCGAGUGGGUCAGCAACCGCCUUAAGGAGAGGGCCUCCAUCUGGAAGCAGGAGCGGCUCUUCAACCAGGAGAGGCGCCAGCUUCGGGCAGGACGAGGCGGCAAAGGCCAGGGCGGCGACUCGUCUUCUGAAGAUGGGGGCUCCGCUGCCGGGACAAGAAAGAAGAAAAAGAAGAAGAAAGGCAAGGGAGGUGAAGAUCCGACGGCCGCCGGCUCGGGUGGCCGGGACGGCAAGCAGAUGCAUGGCACGAAUUCAGUAUCCGGUCGCCUUCUCUUCGACGACGGCAUGGAGACCCUUUUCCUCUCCCUCGGCUACCUCCUCACUUUUGCAGCCAAGGGUCAGAACGCAAUGAGCAGCUUCGGCGGUAACGACAAAGCCAUUUUUCCUGGGCUCCCUCUGACUGCAGUUCAGAAGUGGAUCCUCUCCGACGUCUCUAGACGGGUCUUGUUGUACGGGAACUGUCCGGACAAUGUCACCGAGGAAUCCGCCCUGCAGGAGCUCAACCAGCGCGCCAACCUGUACAACCAGGAGAGCGUGAGCCUCGCAUCCUGUGACUUAAGCAAAGUGAAGAUUCUUCAGCGACGCCUAUGCCCUCAAAACGCUCGAGACUUGGCACCUCCCGAGGUUAGGGGCUACAUCGACUACUUCGAAGACCUGGUGGAACGACCGCGCCAGGAGCAGCAGGCCCUCGCAGAGUCUGGGGUUCUGGUCGAACCGUACUGGGACCCUGCGCUUCGCCAUGACCGGCUUCGCAUAGACCUCUACCGUGCGUUACACCGGUGCCAACUCCUCGACUUUUGCCUUCGCAGGAGGGCGCGAGCGGGCAUCUUUAUGGUCAAGAAGAAAGAUGGCAUGCAGAGACUGAUCAUUGACGCUCGACAGGCCAACGCCUUCCAGCGCACUCCUCCGACCACAAGGCUUGGAACUCCGGCUUCUUUGACCUCGCUUGACCUUUCCCCGGACACGCUCGUGGCAAACGGAUGCGGAGGACUUUUGGGGCGAGAUGAGGCCGGCAAGAUCCAGGUCUCAGCCGAGGCCGGCGACGUCGGGGACUGCUUCUACAACUUUGUCGUGCCAUCUUUGUCAAAGUGGUUCGCUUUUGACGAUUCAUUUAGUGGAGACGAAUUGGAAGAAUUGGGAUUACAUCCUGGCAACAUCUUUGAUGACGAGCUGGGAGACACACGCCCUCUUCAACCGGGAGAACGAGUCUUUGCCGCCUUCCGAGGGGUUCCCAUGGGAUGGUCGUGGGCCCUCUUUCUGGCGAAUGAAAUUGUCUCCUACCAGGCCUCCCUCAGCAGCGCUGGACCCGGAGAAGAUGAAGUUCGAGACCGGCGCCCCGCCCCACCUGUAAAGCCUGGGCUCCCUGUCGUCAGCGUCUACGUUGACAAUGUGCACACCUUUGGAGGUCAGUGUGGGGAUGCGGGACGUCGCAUGGGCCAAAUCUCGGAGCGCUUCGCGGACCUGGGCAUUCCCUUCACAGUGGACAACGUGGAGCCGGACCUCUGCCUUGACAGCCUUGGGCUUUUUCUGGACUUCAGAGACGGGGCGACGGCUAGGUCAAAAACAGAGCGGGCGUGGAAGCUAUGGAAGGCCACCCGUGGGCUACUUCGACGACGGCGAGUCAACGGUCGUGUCCUCCGUGUUUGGCUUGGCCUUAUUAACUUCCACUUCCAGCUCUUCAGGCCGGCUCUGGCCUCCCUCUCGGUCGUCUACCGCUUCAUGUCGGAACAUUUGGACCACAGAGCUCCACUCUGGCCCUCUGUCCGGCGAGAGAUGAAGGUCGCCAUGGGUCUCAUCUUCAUAGAGAACAACGCUCUCGACAUUGCCUUGGAAAUCCUCAUCCAGUAUGACACGUACAUGCGGCCUUCCGAGUGCAUCGGGCUCACCCUUCGACACCUUGGACGGCCUCGAGGAGCUCGCUACAAACACUGGGCCAUUGUCGUGGCGCCUUCAGCGUUGGGCGAGGUCACCAAAACCGGCGACUCCGAUGACUCAGUGCUUCUCGCUGAGCUCGGCGACAGGGACUGGCUACGUGAAGCCAUGACACUUUGGGUGGCGAGAUGCGUUGACUCCUUGUUCCCAAACCUCUCACUGGCUCGGCUGGAAGCUUGGUGCCGAAAUGCGUGUCACAAGCUGAAGUACAAGUCCAUCUGCAUCAUGCCGCACACUGCGGCACAGUGGUGCGUCGAACGACGUCUUCCAUAG